AGAUAAAUAAAAUAAUUUUGGAACCACACUCGUACGAUUUAACGAGAACGAUCAACUCAAAACUACUAUGUUAGAAGAUUUUUGUUUCAAUGGAGAUGUUUUAUAAACCAAAAAAAAUAUCCCCACAAAAUGUUGUUAUACGUUUAAACAAUAGACAAAUAUAUUCAUAUAGGAAACCUGGUACACAUUUCUAUGCUGUUAGACAAUUCUAUCAGAAUGUCUUUCCUAACUUUACAGUAAUAAAUAUAGAAAAACCUCCAUGUUUUUUAAGAAAAUUCAGUCCCGAUGGAAAGCAUUUCAUUGCUUUUUCUGCCGACCAAGCCUGUUUGGAAAUAUAUGUUUAUCGAGGACCUGCAGCAGCUGCUGAUUUAUUAAGAAACUCUGAAGAACAAAAUGACGAACAACGUAGAUUUGAUAUUAAAAGUAAAAUGUUUGAUAGGUUUUUUACUUUGAAACACCUUGUAAAUUUGGCUAAAGGUACAGAACAGCUGAACAGAGAAUGUAGCCUUUUUAGCGAAGAUGGACGAUACGUUAUAAUAGGAUCAGCGUCCUUUAUUCCUGAAGAAAUUCGUCCACAUUUUUAUGAAAUAUAUACAAGUAAUGAGUCCGUCACCCCAAAUUUGCAAUCACCAUUAGAAGAUUAUACAUUGUAUUUAGUAGAUUUAUAUUUGGGGAAAUUAUGUGACAUUCGACAAUUUAAAGUUGACAAAAUUUUCCUAUCACACAAUCAGGGAUUGUACCUUUAUAGAGAUACCUUAGCAGUGUUAUCUGUACAACAUCAGCUGAUCCAUAUCUUUCAAAUUUUAGACGGCAUGUUUGUGGACAUAAAAAACAUCGGAAGAUUUUGUUUUGAAGAUGAUUCUUAUAUUUACAACUCCGUUUAUCCAUCUGAAAGGGCGUUUAGGGAAACUUGUAUUAACUCUUUAAAACAUAGGUUAAUCACUUUUUUGUACAAGAGGGCUGCAACAUUGAGUUCAAGAGACAAUAAUCCUACAGAACUAAGAAAGUUUUAUCAUUAUUUUGGUAAUUUUGUUUCUCUGAAAAUGUGGAAAAUGCAAUUGCUAGAUGAGAACACAUUGUUAAUAAAAUAUGCUAGUGAAGAUGUUGUUACAUUAAAGUCUACGGAUGUGAGCAGUCAGCCACAAUUUUUUGUUGUGUACGAUAUGAAAUCGAGCAAUAUUCUUGCUGUCUAUGAGAAUUCGUCAAAAGAUUUAUUACAUCUCUUUGAAAACUUUGGAGAUUUUUUUCGAAACGCGAACAUUUUCAAUGAUACACCGUUCUCUUCCAGUCCUGCAAACAAUUUGUUUUCGAGAUUACUGUUAAGACGUUUUAAACAAACUAUAAUUAAUGCAAAGUUUGGUGGACAAACUGAGGCUAAUAAAAGAUUAUUGGCCCAAUUACCUAUAAGUUCACAAUCUUAUAGUUGCUCUCCCUAUCUGGAUUUAGGUUUAUUUAGUUAUGAUGAGAAAUGGAUUUCGGUGAUGGAAAGGCCGAAGGCUUGCGGUGAACAUCCCAUUAGGUUUUAUUCUAGAGAUUCAGGAUUUCUGCGAUUUAAAAUAUGUGCUGGAAGUAUUAGAUCGACUACACCCACUGUAAGAAGAUUAGUGGCAUUUACUUUUCAUCCAACUGAUCCUUUUGCUAUAUCAGUUCAACGAGCAAAUGCUGAAUAUAUUGUAAAUUUCCAUUUGCGCCACGAUAAUAUGUGCACAAAUGUUGAUGAUGAUGAUGAAAGUCAAUAUUUAAUAAAUUUUUUAUAAAUAGUUAUUUAAAUUUUAUACGUUUGUAUAAUAUAUUUUUUAAAUAGAA